GGGUACUUUCGGAAUAUGAAACUAUCUAGGUCACUAUAAAAUUCUUACAACCCUAAUUUCUUCAUUCUCUCACACUUCACUUGUUCCUUUAUCACUCAGUCUCUCUCUGCGGCUGAGGAUCCGAACGAGUAACAACCUUACAUUUCGUUUCAGCUGAGUUUAAGACAUCAUGGGAAAAGAAAAGAUUCAUAUCAACAUUGUCGUCAUUGGACAUGUCGACUCUGGAAAAUCAACAACAACUGGUCACUUGAUCUACAAGCUAGGAGGUAUUGACAAGCGUGUGAUCGAGAGAUUUGAGAAGGAAGCUGCUGAGAUGAACAAGCGUUCAUUCAAGUAUGCAUGGGUUCUUGACAAACUUAAGGCUGAGCGUGAAAGAGGAAUUACCAUCGAUAUUGCCUUGUGGAAAUUUGAGACCACCAAGUACUACUGCACAGUCAUUGAUGCUCCCGGACAUCGUGAUUUCAUCAAGAACAUGAUUACUGGAACCUCCCAGGCUGAUUGUGCCGUGCUUAUCAUUGACUCCACCACUGGUGGUUUUGAAGCUGGUAUCUCUAAGGAUGGACAGACCCGUGAGCACGCUCUUCUUGCAUUUACUCUUGGAGUGAAGCAGAUGAUCUGUUGUUGUAACAAGAUGGAUGCUACCACCCCCAAGUACUCAAAGGCUAGGUACGAUGAAAUCGUGAAGGAAGUUUCAUCCUACUUGAAGAAGGUUGGUUACAACCCUGACAAAAUCCCAUUUGUUCCCAUCUCCGGAUUUGAAGGUGACAACAUGAUUGAGAGGUCCACCAACCUUGACUGGUACAAGGGACCAACUCUCCUUGAGGCUCUUGACCAGAUCAACGAGCCCAAGAGACCCACAGACAAGCCCCUCAGGCUUCCAUUGCAAGAUGUUUACAAGAUUGGUGGUAUUGGAACUGUGCCAGUCGGACGUGUUGAGACCGGUAUUGUGAAGCCCGGUAUGGUUGUGACUUUUGGACCCACUGGUCUAACAACUGAAGUUAAGUCUGUUGAGAUGCACCACGAGGCUCUCACUGAAGCUCUUCCAGGAGACAAUGUCGGAUUCAAUGUUAAGAAUGUUGCUGUGAAGGAUCUCAAGCGUGGUUUCGUUGCAUCCAACUCCAAGGAUGACCCUGCAAAGGAAGCUGCCAACUUCACUUCCCAAGUCAUCAUCAUGAACCACCCUGGACAGAUUGGAAAUGGAUAUGCACCAGUGCUCGAUUGCCACACCUCUCACAUUGCUGUGAAGUUUGCUGAACUUGUUACCAAGAUUGACAGGCGAUCUGGUAAGGAGAUUGAGAAGGAGCCCAAGUUCUUGAAGAAUGGUGAUGCUGGUAUCAUUAAGAUGGUUCCCACCAAGCCCAUGGUGGUUGAGACCUUUGCUGAAUAUCCUCCUCUUGGACGUUUUGCUGUCAGGGACAUGCGUCAAACUGUUGCUGUUGGUGUCAUCAAGGCUGUGGAGAAGAAGGAUCCUACCGGAGCCAAGGUCACCAAGGCUGCUGCCAAGAAGAAGUGAUGUCAAAACAUGGUUGCUGCACAAGCUGUCUUUUAUAGUAGUUUAUCAUUUCAGUGUCUUAGUUCAUUUCUUUUCCAGUUUUAUUUUCAAGUUUUUGUCGAUUUCAUGCAGCUAAACUUACAGAACUGGGUUCUUGAUCGGCGAUGGUCAAUUUUCUUGUCUGUUUGAUUUUGAUGGUACUGUUAUUUUGGUUUUAUUAAGAGUCUUUUGAGAACUUGAUUUUCUAAAGGCAGCUAUAUAAGGUUUAUAGCUUCAUUUUGCUGCUGAUGGAUGAUAUCUUUGCAUUUAAAUUUCAAGACAAUUUUGUCAA